CACCUAAAUAUCACAAUGGCGAUGAUUUUCGUGUAAACAAUGUGUAAUCCGUUGUAAUUUCAAGAAUAGGUAGCGUAUCAAGUGAAGUGAACUUACGAAGUAUUACUUCCGCUCCGUUUCUGUUCACUCAACAUCUAAUUUCUUAAUUAUUUUCAACAGUUAACUUGCAGAUCAAGAGUCGCACAUCAUGGGUUGCGAUGGAGGUACGAUACCAAAAAGGGACGAAUUGGUGAAAACUAAAAAGAAACCUGAGCAGAAAGACAAAGCAUCUGAACUAUCAUUCCGUUGGUGUCAUUGUAGUAUAACGCAACAACCUCUACAAAAACCAAUUGUGGCUUGUGGCCUUGGAAGAUUAUACAGCAAAAUAUCCAUUCUUGAAGCUCUGCUGGACCGAACUUUACUACCAGAUACAGCUCGCCAUGUGAAAAGUAUUAAAGAUGUAAAAGAAUUGAAGUUGACACCAAACCCCUCAUUCUCUGCAAAAGCUGAAAAAGGUGAUGGCUACGUUGACCGACAGUGCUCUGAAUAUAUUUGCCCUACAAUUGGCUUAGAGAUGAAUGGAAAAUUUAAGUUUUGUUUCCUCUGGACAUGUGGCUGUGUCAUGUCAGAAAGAGCCCUUAAACAGAUCAAAGACAAAAAUUGUUUACAAUGCCAAAAACCAUUCACGGCAGAUGAUGUUGUAAUCCUGAAUGCAUCUGAUGAAGAUCUCACACGCAUGAGUGAUAGGUUGGAAACUCGUCAAGCUCGUUUAAAAGCAGAGAAAAAGGGCAAGAAACUCAAACUUAAAGAAGGGAUGGGGGAUGCAAGCACCAGUCAAAAUGGAAAGAAACCAGUAGCAACAACCAGUCACCCUAAUGACCCAAAGGAUGCUAAACCAGAUCAAGCCAAAGUUGGGGAGAAGAGAGCCACUUCAAUUAAAGAGCUAGUGGAUCCUGCCUUCAAGAAAGCAAAAUCUGAAUACAGUGUUUCCAAAGAUCCAAAUGCCACAGAUGUCUACAAAUCAUUGUUCACCACAUCGUCCAAGGCGCAGAAUCAAACCAAGGCUCAUUGGAUUACCUACAAUCCUUUCUAUAACUGAUUUGUUAAGUUUUUGUAUGUUUGGAGGCUGAAGAUUUUCUCUUCCUUUCACUUUAAGUGAGACAUUCAUGAUUUUUUUACCUAAAAAAUCAACCCCAUCAUCUUCAUUCUCAAAUGUAUACCAUGAGAUUUUAUAAUUGUAUCAAGAGCACCACUAAUAGUGUUAAAUUUAAUAUCAAUAACAGAAAGAGAUCCUGUCUUCUGUUAGAGAGACAUUCACAAAAGAAGUUGAAAGGUAAGGAGUCAUCGUUCAUCAUAGGUCAGGUAAAUAGCUUCGAGAAACCAAGUGAACCAGAAAUAGUUUCCCAUAAUUUCUGUGUUCAAGAAAAUAUGAAUGAUCUAAAAUCUCUGAAAAUAAUUCCAAAUGAAGUGUCACUUUAUCAUGGACAUUCAUUAUGAGAAUGGAGACUUUGAAGAAGUCUGCUUGUAAUGUAAGUGUUGACAAAAAAGACUAAAAACUAUAUGUAGUAUGGGACAAGGAUGCUUCGGCACUAAAUUGCGUCUUUUAAAAAGUGUAAAAGGUUUGAGACAAACCUCUACGCUUCUUGUCCCUGUCUUUACAGCGCUGUUUUUAAUGUUGUAUUUUCAUUGUUGCCAUCAUCACUUUGCCUCUUCCAAAAAAUGAGCAAGUAUUGAAGCUGCAUAAUAAAUUAUCAUCCCUAUUCAUUUUGGACUAAACUUUCCUUCCAAAUGCUGUGAUUUAAGAAAUAUUUGAAAAUCCCCAAGUACGUACUGUUAACAGUUCAGUUCCUUUAAAAUGUUAAAAUGGUGCAGGUAUGCAUUUUACCUGUAAAAUAGGUAAUUAUUCAUUCUGGUCCAAAAAAAUCUUCUUGGUAAAAUUCAAAUGAAAGACCAGGAUGUUUUUUUUUCUUUCUUUCUUUUUUUUAUUGUGAGUAAUCUGAUCAGUCAUGUCUUUUAGCUCACUGCAGUAUGCAAGGCCCAUUAGAAAUUGUUCACUUUAGGGCCUGCAUGAUUAGUGAAUUAUUGAGAGAGAAGACCAACUUCUCAAAUUUCACGAAGCACAUGUGUUUUGUACAUACCUGAUUGUUUUUUUCUUCCUGUAUGUUUUAAAAUAAAGGAACAUGUAAUAUCUAAAUUUCUGCAAGUUCUUUACACCAUAUUAUCUUUAAAAUAAAGAAAGAAGAAUGACAAAA